UCUAACUUUCAAAGACUUGAGCUUUAGUUGGGUCCUUCUACGCUCCUCAGUCUCAGUAGCUCACUCUGGUACUGAAGUUGCUAUCAGAAGCGUUUUGAGCUUAAAGGAAGUGACUUUCUGGCUGGGGAAGUCGAAUCAGAUCAGGAGUUACGCUCUAUACAUUUUACUGGUGACAAUGAUGCUUGAAAGAUGGACUGCAGGCCUGCUAUUGCUCCUAGUCGGCAUGUUUACCAAUGGAUUAGGUGCAUUCAUAGGGGUAAACAUUGGUACUGAUGUCUCAGACCUUCCAUCCGCAACUGAGAUGGUUGCGAUCCUUACUGCCCAUCAAAUUACACAUGUUCGCCUUUAUGAUGCUGAUGCUCACAUGCUGAGAGCCCUUUCAAACAGUGGAAUUGAAGUAGUGGUAGGUAUUACAAAUGAGGAAGUCCUAGGGAUUGGAGAGUCUCCAUCAGUAGCAGCAGCCUGGGUUAAUAAGAAUGUCGCUCCUUACUUACCUUCCACCAAUAUUACUGCCAUUGCUGUUGGCAGUGAGGUUCUUACCCAAAUUCCUCACGCUUCGUCAGUUUUGGUGUCUGCUAUGAAUUACAUUCACAAAGCCCUAGUUGCUACAAACUUAAACUUCCAGGUCAAAGUUUCAACUCCACAAUCCAUGGAUGUAAUCCCUAAAGCUUUCCCCCCCUCCACUGCUACCUUUGAUCCAUCAUGGAACUCUACAGUUUUCCAAAUCCUUCAGUUUUUGAAAAACACAAAUUCCUAUUACAUGUUAAAUGCAUAUCCUUAUUAUGGUUACACCAAGGGUGACGGAAUUUUCCCGAUUGAUUAUGCUCUUUUCCAACCACUUCCUUCUGUCAAGCAGAUUGUUGAUCCAAACACUUUAUUCCACUAUAACAGCAUGUUUGAUGCUAUGGUUGAUGCUACCUAUUAUUCUAUAGAUGCUCUCAAUUUUACUGGGAUUUCUGUUGUUGUUACGGAGAGUGGUUGGCCAUGGUUGGGUGGAUCCAAUGAACCUGAUGCAAGUGUGGAAAAUGCUCAGACAUACACAAAUAACUUGAUUCGGAGAGUUCUAAAUGAUUCCGGUCCGCCAAGCAAGCCAACUUUUCCGAUUAACGCUUACAUUUAUGAGCUGUUUAAUGAAGACAAGAGGCCAGGGCCAGUGUCAGAGAAAAACUGGGGUGUGCUCUUUACUAAUGGGUCUACUGUUUAUCCAUUAACUUUGGGUACUUCCACUCCAACCGGAAAUUCUUCAGGGUUGUUCUGUGUGGCGAAAAGUGAGGCAGAUCCCGAUAAGUUGGAAGAUGGCUUGAACUGGGCUUGUGGGCAAGGCCAAGCUGAUUGCACUCCCAUUCAACAAGGCCAAGGGUGCUAUCUUCCUAAUACACUUGUAAAUCAUGCUUCCUAUGCGUAUAAUGAUUACUAUCAAAGAAUGCAGAGUGUUGGUGGAACAUGCGACUUUGAUGGCACGGCUAAGACAACUACUAUUGAUCCCAGUUAUGGAUCUUGCAAAUUUUCUGGAAGUUCUAAUUCGAGCACAAUUGGGGGACUUACACCAGUCUCGGCAAUUGCACCUUCAACCGCUGUAGGAGGAUGGAGUUCAAAUCUUAAAGUCUCCCAACUACAGUAUCUCAUACCAGCCGCAUUUCUUACAUUGGUAUUGUUUUGACUUGAGGUUCCAUCCGGAUUAUAUCCCCGCGUGUAGUUAAAGCAGUCCAUGUGAGAUAGAAAAAUGCUGGAGUGCACAAGCUGUAGGUGAAAUGGAGAUUACACAUUGUUCAUCUAGUCUGUUUUGUUUUGAACCACUUCACAUUCUCCUUCACCGUUUUUUGUCUCAAAAAGAAUUCUGGAGAGUUCUGUUUAGUUCUUUGUAGGCAUUCUGAUGAGGUAGCGGCUAGACCUUCAUUUUUUGGGGCAGAUUUAACCAGAACAUAGAACCAGAACUUGGUUCUCUACCUUAUCAAUGAGAAGUGUAAUUCUU